GCAGAGAGCGACGUCGGGGCGACGACGGCCAUCUUAGAGCUGCUGCCGUGGAAACCGACUCUCAUCUCCUGGAUUUUAUCCUUCUUAUCACCAGAAGACUGACUGACUGACGAGCGCAAAAGAAGGUCGUCUUUUACCAAACCACGUUUGAAGUCGAAGUCGGGAUGCAGUUCCGAGGAAUUAAACCAUUUGCAUCCGCUGUCGGGCUGCUCCUCGGACUGCUGUGUGCGGCGGAGCCCGCUAAAGUCAAUAAGCACAAACCAUGGAUUGAGACGACGUACCACGGGAUUGUAACAGAGAAUGAUGACAAAGUGCUUCUGGACCCACCACUUAUUGCACUGGACAAGGAUGCACCGCUACGUUACGCAGAGAGUUUUGAGGUGACCCUCACUGCAGAAGGUGAGAUUUGUGGCUUCAGGAUCCAUGGGCAGAAUGUCCCCUUUGAGGCAGUGGUCCUGGACAAGUCCACAGGUGAGGGGGUUAUCCGUGCCAAGGACAAGCUGGACUGUGAGCUGCAGAAGGAGCACACCUUCACCAUCCAGGCAUAUGACUGCGGGGAGGGUCCUGAUGGCACCAACAUGAAGAAAUCCCACAAGGCCACCGUCCACAUCCAGGUGAACGACAUCAAUGAGUAUUUGCCUGUGUUCAAGGAGAAGUCCUACAAGGCCACAGUGAUUGAGGGAAAGAAGUACGACAGCAUCCUCAAGGUGGAGGCCGUGGAUGCAGACUGCUCCUUCCAGUUUAGCCAGAUCUGCAACUAUGAGAUCGUCACCCCUGAUGUGCCCUUCACCAUCGACAAAGAUGGUUAUAUCAAGAAUACAGAGAAACUGAGCUACGGAAAAGAGCACAUGUACAAACUGACUGUGACUGCCUAUGACUGUGGGAAGAACCGAGCCUCUGAGGAUGUUUUGGUCAAGAUCAGCAUCAAACCCACCUGCAAACCCAGUUGGCAAGGCUUUAAUAAGAGGAUUGAGUAUGAGCCUGGCACAGGCAGUCUUGCCCUUUUUCCCAGCAUGCACUUGGAGACCUGUGAUGUGCCAGUCACCUCUAUCCGAGCCAGCAUCGAACUAGAAACCAGUCAUAUUGGGAAGGGCUGCGAUCGAGACACCUACUCUGAGAAGUCUCUUCACAAACUGUGCGGAGCAACGGCGGGCACUGUGGAACUUUUGCCCGCUGCCAGCAGCUCUACCAACUGGACAGCAGGAUUGCCCACUGACAACGGGCACGACAGUGACCAGGUGUUUGAGUUCAAUGGCACCCAGACCAUCAAGGUUCCAGAAGGCAUGGUGAGCACCAGCCUGAAGGAGCCCUUCACCAUCUCCGUGUGGAUGAGACAUGGCCCUGGGGCCCAUGACAAGGAGACCAUCCUCUGCAACUCUGACAAGACAGAUAUGAACAGACACCACUGCUCGCUCUAUGUUCACAACUGCAGGCUGAUCCUCCUCCUUCGCCAGGAGCCCUCAGAGGCAGAGAACUACAAGCCAGCUGAGUUUCACUGGAAACUCGACCAGGUGUGUGACAAAGAGUGGCAUCACUAUGUCCUGAACGUGGAGUUCCCCACUGUGUCCCUGUUUGUGGAUGGAACCACCGUUGAGCCCUUCCUGGUUACAGAGGACUACCCACUCCACGCCUCCAAGAUCGAAACUCAGCUCACCAUUGGUGCCUGCUGGCAGGACAACUCAGGAAAUGACAAUGACACUGAGACAGUCUCUGAGACCGCCUCAGGAGGACAUGCCCGAAUGGCCCAGUUUUUCAGAGGAAAUCUGGCGGGGCUGAUGAUCCGUUCUGGCAAACUGGAGAACAAGAACGUGAUCGACUGCCUGUACACCUGCAAGGAAGGCCUGGAUGUGCAGCUACCUGAGGAGGUUGCCUCAGCUGUCAAGGUGGAGUUUAACCCUAACCAGUCCUCUCUGAUGGUUGAGGGCGAUGAUAUUGAUGCCUUUGACAAGGUCAUGCAACAUAUUUCCUACCUGAACUCCCGCCAAUUCCCGACUCCAGGCAUCAGACACCUCCGCAUCUCCACCACCGUAAAGUGCUUCAACGAGGACUCAUGCGUGACCAUGCUGGAUGCUGAAGGUUAUGUGAUGGUGCUGCAGCCAGAAGAGCCCAAGAUCAGCCUCAGCGGCAUUGACCACUUUGCCCGCAGUGCAGCUGAAUUUGAGAGCCAGGAGGGCGUGACUCUGUUCCCUGAGCUACGCAUUGUGAGCACCAUCACCCACGAAGUGGAAUCCAAUGCAGACGCUGAAGUUGUUGAGGUUGCUGAUGAUGACCCCACAGUGCAAGAAACAGUGGUGUCAGAGGAGAUCAUGCACAAUCUGGACACAUGUGAGGUGACUGUGGUGGGAGAUGAGCUGAACGGGGAGCACGAGAGCCUGGAGGUGGACACGUCCCAGCUGCAGCAGCACGGCCUGGAGAUGAGCUCCUCCAACCUCGGCCUUGUCAUCAGCGGUGUGAACACGAUGGCCAACUACGAACAGGUCCUGCAUCUCAUCCGCUACAGAAACUGGCACACUGAGGCGCUCUUUGACAGGAAGUUUAAACUGGUCUGCUCUGAACUCAACGGUCGAUACAUCAGCAAUGAUUUCAAGGUCGAGGUGAAUGUUAUCCACACAUCCAGUCCAGUGGAACAUGCCAACAAUGCCAUGGUGCAGCCCAAUUUUGUCAACCCCGUCCAUCACGCCUCUGUGGAUCUGUCUGGUCAUAACCUGGUCAACGCCCACCAAGCUUCAGUGGUGCCCAGCGCCGCCACCAUCGUCAUCGUGGUGUGUGUCAGCUUCCUGGUCUUCAUGAUCAUCCUCGGCGUGUUCCGUAUCCGGGCUGCACAUCAGCGCACCAUGAGAGACCAGGAGAACGGCAAAGAGAACGAGAUGGACUGGGACGACUCCGCCCUUACCAUCACAGUCAACCCCAUGGAGACGUACGAGGACCAGCACAGCAGCGAAGAGGAGGAAGACGAGGAGGAAAGUGAGGAUGGUGAGGAGGAAGACGACAUCACAAGCGCCGAGUCGGACAGUAGCGAAGACGAAGAAGCCGGCGAGCCGGAGGACCAGCAGGGGGCGGCAAGCAGACAGCAGCAGCUGGAGUGGGACGACUCCACCCUCACCUACUAGAACAACACAAACACUACAUGCACAUCAUGUCACGUGCACAGGCAUGCACACACACAUACACACUCACACACACUCAUUUCCAACAAACCAUAAUGUCAACGAAAAUCCCUUCAGCAUAGAUCUGGUCAAGGAUUCCCUGUCAUUAUCUUAGUGGUGCAUCUCCGUGUAGUGUAGUAAUCACCAGAUUGCUGAUUUUUACUUUUUUGUUUGCUUUAUUUUUUUAUUUAUUAUUUUUGAAUUCCCAGGAAACUUGACCGUAAUUUGGCUUUAAACUGUGUGAGGAAGCUGGCCGUGCACUUUUUAAUUUCUCAGAGGCUUUCAAGUGGACCCCCCCCCCCCGCCAUGUAUAUAUAUCUUUUCCCUUUUUUUUGCAUUUACAUUCAUUCGCUACUUAAAAACUGCACAUAACUUUGACUUGUAGUUCACAGUGAAAUGCUGCUUUUAACAAAUAGAGCUUAUUUUCUUUCUCUCCUGUUAGUGCAUGAGAAUACUUGAGAAUUCAUCCAUGUAGAGCAAUAAACUGCUUUUUAAAGAGUUUGUAAAUAUACAGAAAUCAUGUAAUUAGUCGAUGUGUUAGUGGAGGCCUACUCAGCGGGGUCCAAUAUCUAAAAGCAACGCAGUAGGUAACGUCGAAUAUUUGUGUCACUGAGGCUGUAGCAUGUUGCAGAAAACUACGCAAAGCUCCUCCAUCACGCUUAUACACACACACACACACACACACAGACACACUAACAACAACAACAACAAAAUGCUUCUGGAUGAGAAACCCAGGACUGUUAAGCAGAGGUUUCCAUGACAACGCGGUGUUGGUUUGGUGUUUUCUUUUUGAUGCUUGUUUUUAAAUGGGACUGGUCAACAGUUUCAGUAGCACACCUGCUUUGCUUCGUUCACUCAGGUGACGAAUCCUCACUCCAGGCGUUAGUACAUUUCAUCACCAGUAGAUGCCACUGUUGUACAGGCCAGAUUAAAGCUAACGUACAGAUUUAUCAUGGAAAUGGUACAAACGAGGCACUGAAAUGAAUGAAUGUGAAAAGUCCAGAUGUUUCCUAAGCAGCUUUAAAAAGAAACAAUUUGUCCAUAUUUCAGCCAGGGGAGGGGCAGACCAGGUUUUGUGGAACUUGGUUGGAUGGUGACUUUGUUUUUAAAGAGAAAAGUGGAAAGAAAGUACAUUUCUGGAUUUCGUUGAUGAUGAUUGAUUCAUUUUUAAACUGCUUGCCUAUGUCCAUAAAAAGCAUGUUUUUAAAAAGCGUUAAUUUAUUUAGUAUGUUUGGGAGUGAGGGCCACGUCACCAAAAUGCCCCUAAUCAGUUGACUCCAGAUGUGCACAUUUACCUUAGUGUGCUUCCACUUUUCUCAUCCCUCCCGAUUCCCCAUUUCUGUUCCAAUCAGAAUUGGUGAUCGCUGCGAUGGACCCGUGUUUUAUUUUUGCUGCUCAAACUGCAGCAGGAGAGAUUUUAGUUUUUUUUUUUUAUUUAUAAAGACAACAGCAGAAUCACACCCCGCUGUGCGCUUUUAAUUUUUUUGUAUCAGACAUUGUCAUUCAGUUUCUCAAGCAUUUUGAUUAAAAUGGAUUAUUAGGGUCCAUGUAAAUGCAGCUACUUGAACUGCAUCUUUAACUCAAACUUUCAAUUAUUCCACCCAGCACAACUUUCUGCAUUGCGUAUCUUGGGGACAUGGUCCUUGCUGAUGAAAUAAGCAGAUUUAAGGUAUAACUGCAGAGAACGCAAGAUGCACUGCAAGGUGCACAAACACUGUCCAGUGUGUGUAUAUAAAUACUUAUAGCUAUAUGUUCUGGCAAUGUCAUAGCGUACACUUUAGUGUUUUUUUUUUUGGCUUUUACGUGAGGUGAGCACAUCCUCUAGACUGGACUCCAUGGUGAUCAGAAUGCGUUCCUCAUCAAGAUGAGAAAAACUGCGCCGUAGAUCUCGUUUCGCAAAUCUGUGCUUCAACACUAAGCGAUAACUCAGCUGCACAUUUACCAUUUGUUCUUCAAGACACUUUUGAGGCUAAUUCUCCAGAUUCGAGCCCAUUUUGGAUUUUAAGGUCAGUUUAUUGAUGAUUAUUUUGAUGCUCUUUGCAGUGGUUCCUAGUUCUGGUCCUCUGGACCCCAAGUACUGCACAUUCUCCUGUUCUCCAUGAACUAACUGCACAUAAUGAGCCAAAUGUUGAUUGGCUCAACUCAUCUGACCGAGCUGAUUCUGAGUAGAUCAAAUGGAAAAUGUGCAGUACUUGUGCCGAGGACCAGGACUGGGAAACACUGCUGUGUAGUUGAGUAAAGUCUCCCCUUUUGUGGUGAACCGGGUUUGUAAGAAAAAUGGGGCCAGUUUGAGCCAGGUGAGGUGGGCGUGCCUUUUGCCAAUAAUAGCACGAUUAGCAGGUCUAACCCAAAAAAUAAAUAAAUGAAUAUCGUUUCUUUGUGGCAUUUUAAAAAAAAAAAAAAACUGAUUUAAUGUUAGAUUUCCGAACGAGCCGGGGAUCAAAUCAUCUUUGAGUUUUUUGUAAUAAUAGUCCAUUUCUAGUUCAUUUGGAUUCAUAGAUGUCACGUGUCCAUGUUGAUGUGUAGAGGAAGUAGAUCCACAUCGUAUCUUGUGUAGAUAUUGUACUAAAAUCAUGUUGACAGAAUCCACCGCUAAAGUGACGAUGUACAUUACAAAAACGCUUGUGCGUAUAGUGGAAGGUAAUUUUUCCAAGUGUCCUGUCACAAAAUGAUUCUUUUGAGAGCAGCAUGCAGUUCACAAGAACCAGAGGAGAAAAACUGAAUGAAUGUCCAUGUUUCCUUUCAAAGUAAAAGUCCACCUGUGGCAGAGGGCUCCUGUCAUGUGCACAGGCGUGUGCGGUUUUUCUGAUCAGAGGUCAGUGGAAGGUGGUCCCGGUGAAUGUCACUGCCAAACUUAACUGAAACGCAGCUGCGCUGUAACGACUGUUUGACUGUAUGAACCGCAGGCCUGUGCGGUUUGCGGACUGAGAACGCAAGACGUGAUUCACUACUGAUUGUCCCGUUUCACAACACUCCAGAUGUUUUAUUUUUGUUUUCUUCAAAGUGAUGUUUUCGGAAUGGUUAAACGCUUCCUUUGUGCUUGUUGGAGCUGCUCUCACUUUUCUACCAAUUGGAUGGAAAAUUGUAGUGAAGUUGAUACCUGCUCGUGAACAGAAUAAAGGAUGAGA